GUUGUUGCUGUGUCGGCUAGAAAUGGGCUAGUAGUUAUUAGCAACUAGCGGUCUUUAUUAGUUGGUUAGGAGGAAAAUAAAGACUCCAGUUCCACAACGACCGAGCAAAGUCGGACGGUAUGGUUUUGAAUCUUUGUUUGCCACACUUCCAUACGUCAGUUCAUUGCAACAAGCUGUGUGCAGAUGGCUAUGAAGUUACAAACCUCUUGUCAGGCGACCCUGAACUCCGAAGGCGAGGCUUCAAGCUGGAAUACUUCCUACGUCCACCUGUACAGGUGACAUUGAAGUUUGGCUUCCAGGUGGACCUGUGCAGGGUGGAUGUGGAGCUGUGGCCCUGGGGGAUGGACCGUGGACAAGCCUGCAAGAAACUGGAGAUCAGCACCUGCUCGGAUCAACCACCCUGCCAGAACACUGACCACAGACAUGUUCAGCAAAAGAAGCAAAUGCAAUUGAAGGACCAGACUGAACAGAAAAGAGGAAAACACAAUGAUAUUAAAUCUCUGCAGUGUAAUGGGUACCAGUGGAGUCUUCAGGCUCAACAGUGGGGUGAACAGUCUGUAGAUGAGUCUCAACAAAGAGGCCAUGCCUUCAAGCCUCAUCAAAACACUGAAUCCAGUGACACUGAACCAGAGUUUAAACUGGUGGGUCGUUGUGAGCUUAGGGAGGAAACGCACAUAUGUUUCAAUCGUAAAAAUUACUAUCACAGACCCCCAUUCCUCUCCCGGCCUCCUACACAACCUGCAAACUGUCGGCAAGAGGAGCUGUGGAGCCGGGGUCUGCUCUCACUGGGUGCUGUGACACAACUUCGGGUCACUCUGCCCUAUGGCGGUUCAGCUUCCGCUUUAGGGCUUAAGGCUUUAGUUGUUUGGGGACAACCUGCCCGCUGCUGUCCCACAGAAGAAGUGGAGAGGAUUAAAACCAUCCAUGAGGCCAAUCAGAGACAACUGCCAAAACCUGGGUUAUUUACCCCCUCUGUCAGCCAGAAAAAAACACGAUCACAAGCUGCCACAUCUCCCAGCAAUCUUUCCAUCCCAGAGGAGUUCCUUGACCCGAUAACCCAGGAGGUAAUGAAGCUGCCGAUGCUGCUGCCCAGUGGUAUGUCAGUGGACAACAGCACACUAGAGGAACACCAGAAGAGAGAAGCUACAUGGGGUAGACCCCCAAAUGACCCUUUCACUGGUGUCCCAUUUACCUCAACCUCCCAGCCUCUUCCUAACCCCCAGCUGAAGAGCCGAAUUGACCUCUUCCUCCUGCAGAAAGGGAUCAUGGGAAAGGACGGGAUGUUAGGGAGACAAAGUGAGGGAGAGAAUCCCCAGGUGUCCAGACUAUUAGCCUCCAGGGUGGAUGGAGAGUCUCAAAAAUCUCUGCAUCAUGAAAAAAACUCCACAGGCAGUACUGUUGUUAACUGUAAUGCUGGAAACAGGAACUCGAAUGGAUCAGGGCAUUUGUCAGAGAACGCAGCUUUCAUAUCUAGCUCCCGGUGUGUGACUACAGAAAUCAAUUCAGAGUUUGAGGGGAGAAAAAAACGAGAUUGGAACGAAAUAACUAAAGAACCCACAAGCGAGCUGACCACAGAGGACCAACCAGUACCUCAAAUGAAACGACCAAGAACUGCCGUUGUUUCAGUCUCCAGCUGCAGCUCUCAUGAGCAGCGUCUGUCAGCCAGCCUGGACGAGGCCCUCUUUUCUGCCCUGCAGGGGCGUCCCUCCUUUACCAAAAACUUGUCUCAGCAGAAACUGGUAACUCCUGACUCUGAACCACUGAGAAGCAUGCUGCAUGGCCAGACUGCAGGCAUUCAAAGCAUGACAACAGGUGAAAAGAUGUGCUCCUUGUGUUCCUGUUCGAUCUCCGUUUACUCUAAAUCUGCAUCAUGCAUCUAUCGUCUCACCUGUGGUCAUCUGCUGUGUGGUUCCUGCCUACGGAGGAAAUCAGAACAACUGAAUUCCGUCACAGGAUCGUCAUCCAAGCAUGUCUCAUGUCCCUCUUGCCAAAGCCCUUCCUCACGUAGUGACAUAACAAGAGUGCAUCACUGACAAAUGCUCAAAAGAGCACAUCUACACCCUCAGAGGGAUUGUUGUAAAGCCUUUUCACCAUGCGGUGGAGUGUAGCUGCAGCCUUGGUUCUGCAGCUUUUGUACAGACUGUGGAUGGGUAGAAGAUGCACAAAGAAAAAGAAGGUUGGGGGACGGGAGUGCGGAUGGUGAGAGGCCAGAAACAUUCCUACGGAAAUGGAGUCGACUCAAGGCUGUGUGGUUAUUGUGCAGAAACAGACGGGGUCAUGCUCAACCUUCAGCUCUCUCCUUCACUAGAUUUACCAGUUUACAUUUGAUACAGUUUUAUAUGAAGAGACCAUUUCAGGCACAGUAUCAUUUAAAAGAAAUACUUGACACUGAUGAUGUACCUCUCUUGUGAUGUGUUUGUAUUAAACUCCACAUGCUGGGUAAGCAGCGGUAAGUGUUUAACAGCUAGAAUUAAAAACAGAUUUUUGUUAAACUUUCAGCUAUAUUCUGUCUUUUUUUAUAUCCUAUAACAUUGUGGAGAAAAUAAACAUGCUUAGUGAUGUCCUGCACUGGCUAAACGUCCUCCAGAGUGUCCUUGUCCCACCGAUUCAUUUCCUACCUUUUAACACUUCACCCUUAUUACCUCACAAGUCUGUUAUUGCAACACAAAAGGGUUAAACAGACAAAAGUCAGACAAAACUGCAUUUUUUUGGCCUUGUGUUCAAAGGCAGAAUCAUUUUUAUGUUGGUUUCCCUGACAACAUUUAGCUUAACCGAGGUCAUGAUCUUGUAUCCGCUUAGCGAGAGGGAGAGCUGGAACCAGAAACUCUGCAUGAGCCAUGGAGACAUUAGCUACACAUUUUCACCAACUAGUGGUACCGGAGAUAAAGCACUCCAAUGAAAUUUGAUUUUUAAGUUAUAUUUACUACUGACUGUUCCUAAUGUCUGAUUUUAGGCAGCUGUAUCCUGCAUCAAGUUUGAUUUUUUUAAGAUAUGUGUGAG